CACAUCAGCCCUCAUUGCGCAUAAACAGAACUUCGUUAUACAUGUUCAGUGCAUUUGUGUCAGAUCAGAUGAAAUCGGAUCAAAACUGUCAAACUCUGAGGCUUUCCUGUAGCAGGAGAGAAUAUUUGUACGGGUCGGUUUUGGUUUCCAAACAUGUGCAGCUUCACUCUGGUGCAGAUGUGCAUCAGGAAAGUGGCUCAGCAUAUGGAUGUGCUGGAGAGUCAGGCUGGGGAUUUGCCAGCCUCACUUCUUAAAGACUUGAUGCCUCACCUGAACAUGUAUUACCUGGACAGGAUUGAGAAAGCAGCUCAUCUGAAAGGAGUCUCAUGUUCAUCUGCUUGGGCAGCAAAGUGGAGGGAUCUGAAUCGCACAUGGCGCUGGAAGUUAAAGUUUUUGCAGCCGGAGAAGGAAGACUGGAAGCAGAUGUGUUUGGAGAACUAUUUUCACAUGGUUCUGUUUAGAAGGUUGCAAGCACAAAGUUCUGCUUCUGACAUGAGAGAUAAUGCGAUUCUCUCAAUGUCAGCCAAGUAUGUGAGGGUUCUCUCUCUCUUCACGGCGCAUGAUGUGUGCAGGUUGGCCUCAGAGGAACUACGGCUCAUCCUGUCCACUCUGGAGAAGGAAGUGAGGACACUCAGGUUGCUUGAUGCCAAGGUGUUGCUCAGGCACAGAAAGUCAGACAUCCUCUUUGUUCUGCACCGUCUUCUCGACCACGGCUCAGUUAAAAAGCUAGUUCUGAAGAGGACUCCAGAUCUGUACGUCUUCAAAUGGAUCAUGUCGAGAUGUCAGGGCUCUUGCUGGAUUGAUGAGGGUCCUACAGCAUCCAAACACCCUCGGCUGCAUCUGCUUAUGGAUGAGCCAGUAUACAACAAGUUCUGUCCCUCAUGUAGUGCUAGCGAGACAUGUCCCGAGGGACAGAUUCACUCAGUGGAACUGGAGGUUUGUUCAUUGACUGCAGUGUCUCGACUGCUGCCUUCCUGGUUGGGUCUCCGCUCACUUCAUCUGUGCACUACCCAGCUUGUUUGUGAGAAGGAAGUGGUCGACUUGGUGGAGUCUCUCAGAAAGCUUUUCCUGAACCCACACUGUUCCCUUAAAGACCUGAGUCUUGGUAACAUGUGUGUUCAGGGACAUUUAGCCAGUGUGCUGAUUUCCUGCCCCACACUGCAGACCCUCUCACUGGAAAUCAACCUGCGGUGGGACUGCAACACCACAUCCAGCGUGCAGUUCACACCAAACAUACAACUCUCCCUUGAGAAACUCACCUUGAAGGCAGUCGAGAACCAGACGACUGUAAAGUGUUUGCCGGCUGUGCUUCAACACGCCCCAAAUCUCAAGAGCCUUCACAUCACAGGAGUACGGCAGGCUCUUUCCCUACUACGCACAUUGUCAGAGUCCAAUCCAUUCCUAAAGGUACUAAUGUUGGAAGACAUAAACCUGGCAGACUGUCGCCGUGAGAUUCUUCAUCUACUCGAGAACUCUGUUCUAGAAGAGCUGUCCUUGAAAGACUGUAGGCUGCUAGAGAAGUGCAUGGAAAAGAAAGACUUCCUGAUUCCAUUUGUAGCAUCCGCAAAGGAACUUCCUUCUCUACGCUCUCUGUCUCUGUCUCAGAAUCGGCUUGCUUCAAGUGUCAUCGAGGUUGCAGAUCUGUUUUUAGUAGAACAUCCAGGCAACAUAAACAAAUUGGACCUCAGCUCAAACUUCAUCCUCCCUGCUGACCUGCUGGAGUUCAGCCGAAGGAUUGAAGCGUACCACCCUCUUCACCGAUUCACACUGGACCUGCGCUUUAACCCACUUAAUCGUGAUCCGGAGGUCAAAGGUCAAGCCCUGCAGAUGCUCCUUCCAUUCUGUGAAAUUCUGACUGAUGAAUGGGACUUCAACUCAGUCAUGGUGGAUCACGUUAGUGUGAUGUGAAGAGACAUUUAAUGCUAGAUACCCACAGUACUGGGUGUAUUUAUUUGUUUGUAUUAUUUUUGAAAUAAAACUAUUUUUCUACUG